AUGAAUUCUUUCAACGCUCCCACAACGCAAAUUAAUGCCAUUGAUAAAAUGACGACUGUGAAAUGUAAAUCCGUAGAUCUUGAGGGAUAUGUUAUCAUUGUAGUCCAGACGAAGGAUAAUAAGAUUAAACUCUAUGGGUCCCCUUCAGCGGGUAAUUGGGACAAUCUGGAGCUCGCUGACGAGAUAAUGGAUGUGAACGAGACCCGGCUCGAAGACAUGACGAGGACUGAGGUGCUGAGCCACAUACACGAGUGUAUAUCGUCCUGUGUGAUCAAACUACGAGUGAAAAGAAGAAGUGAGACCAAAUUACUAUCGGACAUCGGUCACAACAUCGUCCAGGAUGCGUUCCUCAUCGCGGUGGAGGAGCAGGCCCGCCAGCGGCUGCAACGCCUCUCGGCGCUUAAGCGGAUCACACCUGUUGAUAUGUCCAAGUUGUCACUAGAGUUAAACCGAAAGAAACGGACGCUACCGGAGAACAGACAGGAGUUAAACGGCUACAUUGCAAACUCAGCAGUCUAUGUUACAUCAAUUAACGAAAAUGGCGCUAUAGAAAGCAAACCUACGAUAUCCUCACCAAAAUCACAGCCGAAAUCGCUUCAGGCAAAGCCCGCGCCCGUUAUAGCGAACGGUGUUGCGGAGAAUAAGAAAGAGGUAGAAGUUAAGGAAGAGAAAGACGAACCGGAGAAACACGUAAAGGAUUCAAGUGAAAAAUUGAAGAUUAAAGUGGAGUGUGAAGUGAAAAUAGAAAGUGAAGUGGCUAGUGCGAAAGAUGUUGUCAAAAGUGACGCGUUGAGUGUUGCGAGGGAGCAUUUAAGCAACGGUAGAUGUGAGAAACUGCUGGGUGAACAGCCUGAUCACAGAAUACGGGCUACAGCUAUCAUUGAAAACAAUAAAUUAGGACCAGGAGAGAAUAGGCCGCGGAGGCGAUCUGGUUCCAGCAUUGUGGUGCUGGGCGCUGAGGACGAAAAGCGACCGCCGCCGGAUGACGAGACAGAGAUGCUCACCAUGCUCUCACUCUCUUCGGACACCGGUCCCCACCGCGAGAUGCCGGUGGAUGUUCCGGAGAACUUUAUAGCGCGGAACAAAACACCACCCCGCUACCCGCCGCCUCGACCUCCUCAGGUACGUCUCCGUACUAGAGACGACGAGCCCCUACUCUCCUCUGGAGGCUCCGGGACGAGCUUUGGGAGCAAGCAAAGCACAGUACUUCAAAGCACUAUAGAUAUAUCAGGGCCCAGUUCUGACGGUUCCGGCAGUUUCAAGAACAAUAGUACCAUCGAAUUACUCUCCCUACCUCAGAGCUCCGACGGUUCCGGUGUCAGCUUCGGGAGUAAAAAGAGCAAAGGCUCUUUGGAAACCGCCAAAUGCGACCUGGUCUCUGAAAGGUCGGAAUCGGUCGCCUCGAACACUACUCACAAUCUGAGCGAUCAUAAGAUCCAACUUCUCAUACCUAAUGGUCAAGAUUCAUUGUUAGAUUGUAGGGAGGGAGUCACCUACUCGGCGAGAACGGACUCAGUGCUGAUCAGGGAAGCGGUGUACGCUUCGUACAAGCUCCCCCCCGGCUUCGACACUACACCUGUCCUGCUCGGAAGGGAGGUAGCAGUGGAUGUGCCAGAAAAUUUCGUCCAAAUUGUCAAAACCACGCCCAAAUAUCCCGGUACCGUGGACAGAAAGAGUGUGUUUCAGCAGGUGAAUGGCAACGCGAAGGCUGCGGCUCCCGCGGUUCCUCCCCGGGAGGUUCCUCGGGACGCGCCUCCGAGACCGCCAGCACUCGACGUCACACGGGACCAGAUUGAAUCCAUCCGGAAAUAUCAGGAGCAACUACGUCAACGCAAAGAAGCAGAAGAGAGGAUCGCAGCGCAGAAUGAGUUCCUCCGAACUUCCCUUCGCGGCUCGCACAAGCUGCAGGCCCUGGAGUCCACGCCGCCUUCUUCGGCCACCGCAUUUGUCAACGAUGCGUAUGAAGAAGAUAUCAGUGAAGAGGCCUCCCCGCUUUAUACUAUUGUCGACUAUGAGGACGUCGUAGCGGCUCUAGCCCGCCUGCAGUCCGCACUGACGUCCGGCGGUGCGGGAGGGGCGGCGCGGGCGGUGGCUGCAGCGGCUGCGCUGCUCGCGGGCACGAGCGGGCCGCUGCGCGCGACUCUGCGUACGCGUGCCGCCGUGCUGCGGGUGCGCCCGCUACCACCGCCCGUUAGCCGUGCGGCCGACAGGCUCAGAGACUGCAUAGACACACUGGGACCAUUAGCGUCGUCGGGUAGCGAAAGUUCAGCGCUGGCCGCUGAACUGCUGUCACUGCUCGGGGGAUUGGAGCUGGAGAGCCUCAUACAGGCGCAUGACCAGGCCGCAGCGUUAUUAGACCCCGCCUGCUUCUCUCGGGGGAAGAGAUAUAAGACUGGAAACGCGAAUCACAAAGGCGAGAACGACAAAGCGGUAUCUACGUCGCCGGACAGCGGGAGCGAGCAGAUUAAGAUAAUCAAGAUCGAGAAGACUAACGAACCACUGGGUGCUACGGUUAGAAAUGAGGGAGAAGCGGUGAUAAUCGGCAGGAUAGUUAGAGGCGGCGCGGCGGAAAAAUCUGGCCUACUGCAUGAAGGUGAUGAGCUGCUGGAGGUGAACGGCGUGAGCAUGCGCGGCAAGUCGGUGCACGAGGUGUGCCAGGUGCUGGGCGCGCUGGCCGGCACGCUCACCGUGGUGCUGGCGGCGCCGCGCGCGCCCGCUCGCCCGCCGCACCCGCCGCCGCACCGCGUGCUGCACGUGCGCGCGCACUUCGACUACGACCCCGAGGACGACGUCUACAUACCCUGCCGCGAGCUCGGUAUUAGUUUUCAAAAGGGCGACGUGCUGCACGUGAUAAGUCGAGACGACCCGAACUGGUGGCAGGCGUUCCGUGAAGGCGAAGAGGACCAGACGUUAGCGGGACUGAUUCCUAGUCAAGCUUUCCAACACCAACGGGAAUCGAUGAAACUCACGCUAGCAGGCGAGGUUGCCGCCCGGGACAAACCACGCAAAGGCGGUACGUUGCUAUGCGCGAAAAAGCCUCCAAGGAAAAAGAAGGGCAAAAAGGCAACGAGUGAGGCCGGCUACCCGUUAUAUUCUACCUCAGGAGCGGAUGACUACGAGCAGGAAGAGAUCCUAACGUACGAAGAAGUAGCACUGUACUAUCCCCGUGCGUCACACAAACGUCCCAUAGUUCUAAUCGGGCCGCCCAACAUCGGACGACACGAACUGAGGCAGCGAUUGAUGGAGGACAGCUCGAGGUUUGCUGCGGCUGUUCCCCACACGUCCCGACCGCGAAAAGAUCACGAAGUGCCCGGUCAGGACUACCACUUCAUAUCGCGCACGCAGUUUGAGGCUGACAUACUUAACAGGAAGUUUGUGGAGCAUGGGGAAUACGAAAAGGCAUAUUAUGGUACAUCCCUUGAAGCGAUCCGCGAGGUUGUGAACUCUGGCAAGAUUUGCGUAUUGAACUUACAUCCGCAAUCGUUGCGGAUCCUGCGCAACUCGGACCUGAAGCCGUACACGGUGUUCGUGGCGCCGCCGAGCUUAGAGAAGCUGAGGCAGAAGAAGAUACGCAAUGGCGAGGCUUUUAAGGAGGAGGAACUUAAAGAAAUAAUAGCGACAGCUAGAGAUAUGGAACUCCGAUGGGGCCACUUGUUCGAUAUGAUUAUAAUAAACAACGAUACACAACGUGCCUACCAACAGCUUCUAAACGAAAUUAACAGUUUAGAAAGGGAGCCCCAAUGGGUCCCCGCGCAUUGGUUGAAACAGACCUAG